UUGCCGGCUUGCAGAGCGGCAGAACCGGGCGCCGGGCAGCGCCCAGCCCGACGGGCGCUGUGACGGCACCGAGGCCCCGGCAGGACCUGAGCCCGGGUGCGCGGCAGGGGAGCCUCGUGCCCCCGUCCGCCUGCGCGGGAAGCGGCGGUGGCCCCGGAGAGUCAGAGCAGGGGAGGGCGCGGCCGCCUGCUCCACCGAGCAGCGCUCAUUCGCUCCGCGGCCCCCGCGGGCACAAGGCGGCUCUGCCCUGGCCAGGAGCUGCCGCCGGCAGCCCGUGCCCCCGACUCGCCCAUGGCGGGGCCGCCGCACCCCGCGGAGCGCUGCUCCUGCCGCAACACCAACUGCCUGGAGCGGCCGCUCAGGCGGCUCUUCCGAGGGCUGGGGGGCGUCGUGGCCGCCUGGCCCUGGCCCUUCGUGCUGCUGCCGCUGCUGCUGUCGGGCGGGCUGGGCGCCGGCUUCGUGUUCCUGCGGCAGCGGCAGGCGAACGACAUCGAGGAGCAGUUCACGCCGACGUGGGGGCCCGCCAAGGCCGACCGCGACUUCGUGCAGCGGUUCUUCCCCACCAACGACUCGGAGCGCUUCUCCGCCGCGCGCCUGCCCACCGAGGGCACCUACGCCGCCUUCAUCGUCGUGGCGACGGGGAACGGCUCGGUCCUGGCACCGGCGGCGCGGCGCGACGUGCUGCGGCUGGACGCGAUGAUGCGCGCCCGCGGCUACGAGAAGCUCUGCGCUGUCAGCAGCGGCACCUGCGCCAUCCCCAACCCGCUACAGUACGAUGAGGCUGCCCUGGAGAACCUCACCUUCCCCUUCAGCGGCGGCUUACUCCUGGGGACCGUGCUGGGCGGCGUGCAGACGGACCCCGACGGGCGGGUGCUGUCGGCGCGGGCGCUGAGGCUGCUGUAUUACCUGCGGGAGGACGGCCCCGCGGCGGCGGAGAGCCGGCGGUGGCUGGAGAGCUUCUUGCUGGAAAUGCCGUCGGAGCUGGCGGCGCUGGGCAUCACCGCUGUUCGGGUGACUUACUUUACCUCGCUGUCCAGACAACAAGAGUUUGAAGGAAAUACCAAGAGGGUGAUCCCACUCUUCUCCAUAACCUAUUUAUUGACAGUAACAUUUUCAGUCAUCUCUUGUCUAAGACUGAGCUGUAUAAGAAAUAAUGUCUGGCUUGCGUGCUGUGGAGUGGUCUCUGCCGGUUUAGCUGUAUUAAGCAGCUUUGGAUUGCUGCUCUUCUGUGGAGUCCCGUUUGUGGUCACUGUAGCAGGCGCGCCAUUUCUUAUCCUAGGAGUUGGUGUUGAUGACAUGUUCAUCAUGAUCGCUUGCUGGGAACAAAGCUCAAGAAAAGAAGGUAAAUCAAGUGUUAAGUCUCGUCUGGCUGAGACCUAUGCUGAAGCAGCACUUUCUGUGACCAUCACCACUUUCACAGAUGUUUUGGCUUUCUUCAUUGGCACCUGGACUUCCUUUCCAUCAGUGAGAUCAUUUUGCCUCUACACAGGCACUGCUUUUGUCUUCUGCUAUGUAUAUACCAUGACCUUCUUUGGGGCAAUUAUUGUAUUAAAUCAUAAAAGGGAGCAAGGAAACCGACACUGGCUAACUUGUAUGCCUGUGGGAGAUAAAGAUCGGGCUGAGGCGUCUUGCUUGUACACUGCUUGCUGUAUAGGCAAGUGUUCUGGGGAGUCACCUCAGCCAGAAAGUGAACAUCCAAUGAGCAUAUUCUUUAAGAAGUAUUAUGGUCCUUUUUUUACAAAUAAAUGGAUCAAGCUACUUGUGGUGCUGCUGUACGGAGCAUACUUGGGUGGCAGUGUUUAUGGAUGUACUCAGAUCAGGGAAGGCAUCGAUCUACGAAAUCUGGCAAGUGAUGACUCUUACGUUAUUCCAUUCUAUGAUGACCAUGACAAAUACUUCUCAGUAUAUGGACCCAGGGUCAUGGUUGUCAUUACAGAAAGUGUAGAUUACUGGAAUGAGACUGUUCGUCUUGGCAUUGAGAACUGCAUGCAGAAUUUAGAGGACAUUUCCUAUGUAGAUCAGAACCUCUCAGAGUCAUGGCUGAGAGUUUACACGAGACUGGCAAAUGGUGGUUUGAUAAAUAUAAGCAGUCAGACUCUCUUCAUUAAUAACUUACCUAUACUGUUCCAAAUGGUUCCUGGUUUUGAGUGGGACAUUAACAAGACUCAAGAUAAAAUAGAAGCUUCACGUUUCUUUAUCCAGACAGUGAACAUGACCUCAGCUGUUGAUGAGAAGAAUCUUCUCAGUCAGUUGAGAGAGACAGCCAAGCAGUGCAGUGUUCCAUUAAUGGUGUAUCACCCAGCGUUCAUCUACUACGAUCAGUACCUGGUCAUAGUGCAGAACACCAUUCAGAAUAUCAUUGUGGCCACUGGGGCAAUGCUCAUUGUCUCCCUUUUGCUUAUUCCUAGCCCCUUAUGUUGCUUGUGGGUGACUUUUGCCAUAGUUUCUGUUAUAGUUGGUGUUGCUGGUUUCAUGACAUUUUGGAACAUCAAUCUAGAUUCCAUAUCCAUGAUCAACCUGGUCAUUUGCAUAGGGUUUUCAGUAGAUUUUUCUGCUCAUAUUUCCUAUGCCUUUGUGACAAGUGGAGAGUCCUCAGCCAAUAAAAGGGCAAUUGAAGCUCUGUCCUUGCUGGGUUACCCGGUGUUACAAGGGGCAGUUUCUACUAUAAUAGGAGUAGUUGUUCUGGCUGCAGCAAAAACCUACAUUUUUAGGACAUUUUUCAAGAUCAUGUUCCUUGUUAUUUUAUUUGGGGUUCUUCAUGGUCUUGUUUUUAUUCCAGUGUUUUUAACCUUUUUUGGCAACUUUGGCAGAUCACCCCACGAUACUAAAUCUAAAAAGCUAGAACUUAGGUUUAUGAAUGAUAAAGGUUGUCAAAAACUAAGUUAAAUGUAAUAUAUAUUUAUUACAUGUAGGCUAUAAUUCAGUGACUUUCAGGGAAUGUAAGAAAUUAAGAAAAUGAAGGACAGAAAAAUAAAUACAACAGGGAAGCAAAGGCUUCAGAAUAGCCAGGCAAGAAAAAUAACAGAAGAAAUAAAAGCAUACAGAAUGGAUUUGCAUGUCUCAUUUUUGUGUGCUUGACUAACACUUAAUAUUUAAAUCCUUUUUUGUGACUUGUUUACUGAAUGUAUUAGAAUUAUUGUAAGCACUGACCACUGCACCAGUUUAACGGAUUACGUUACAGGUUUGUCAGGCAAUGUACACGGGGGGAAGGACAGCUCCCAGGGGUUUGCAUUUCCCGCCUGGUGACCUUGAUGCUGUAACGCAGCCCACGCUGAGCCUGAAGACAAUUUUCCCCCAAGAGGCUCAAACCUGGAGGUUUCACAGCAGGAUUACAAGAACUCAGAACCGCCUUGGACUGCAAUGAUUCCUAAGCCUUCAGGAGGCAAAGUCUGCUUAGGCUUCUAAUGAGAAACCCUCAGGGAUCACAAACAGACUCAGAUUUUCUCUUCAGAUCUUUUUUUUGGUGUCCUUUUUCCUCACUAUGAUUAAACAUCAUGUAGCUUUAAGAAGACUGUGCAUAGCUUGUGUUGGCUGCAAUUUGCAAAGGGAUAUGCUGUAGGUGAUGGAGCUUGUAUGGAACCUCCCGGGAAGACACUGUGCCAGGGCAUGACAGGGCAAGGAUUCACUAGACAGAAUCACACCCUGAUUUAGGACAAAGUGAAAAAGCAACUCAGGUCUAAGCCAUUAGUCCUAAAACUAUAAACCUAUAAAUUCUAUUGUGUUCAUCAGUGACAAUGCAUCCUGUGAAGUGUUAUAGAGCAGAGGAGCUUUCACUGAAAUAACAGCUAAUCGUGUAUUGGGUGGUCUUUGAACCUGGAGGGACAAGACACUGGAUGAGAAGUCAAUUCAUAAUUUGUUCCCAGUGUAACGAGCUACCUGUUGGAAAUAAACAAAUGGUGGUAA